AUGCAAGCAGUUGAGGGUCUCGAGGAGACGGGAAUCAGGGUGGACGGACAACCUAUCGAACUCGUGGAUGAGUUCUGUUAUUUGGGCUGUAUGCUGAAAAACGAUGGCAACUACGAGAGAGAUAUUCAGCAAAGAUUUGCUGGAGCUAACUCGGCAUUCAACUCACUGACCAAGUGCCUGUGGUCGACCUCCAUCGCUACAAGUCAAGCUACAAGUCUUCCUAUCCGCAAUUCGACCUAUCACAUUGUACAGAUCGGAGACUUGGGCAGCGCCGGCGACAGUGAUGGAGAAGCUUGA